AUGUCGUCCCCAAGAGUUGAGUAUCAACAACAACCACAACAAGAUGUUUACAUUACAACUACUACUACAACUGAGCAGAUAUUUCAACAAUUACCAGGUCAGGAUGUAAUGUUAAAUCAUUUUGUAAAUUUGGAGGAAAAUAUCAAGAUGGAGAAUGACAAGAAGGGAGAUUCGAAUAAGAAGAAAAAGAAAGAUAGUGGAAGUGAUAAAUCAGAUAGUGAAAAUAGCAGUAAUGUAGAUCCAGCCCUGAAAAAAUUAAAAAAGAAGAAAAAACUCAAAAAGAAGGCAGUUAAAUGCUUUGGUAAGGCUGUUGAUUUUUUGGAUUCAGUUGGAGAAAGUGUUGAUGGGCCAGGAUUAAGAAAGAAGACAUUUAUUGGAGCUAUGGCAACAACUGUAAUGAGGAUAGUUGUUGUCAUUCUAAUUGCAUACAAAUUAUACUUAUUGAUUAUAGAUCAACGUACUCAAACUACUGGAAAUAUUUUAGCAUUGAACUAUUUCAGAACAACCGAUACAAAAUAUAUGGACAUUCCAACUUUACAAUUGAGUAUUAGGAAAAAUAUUACAUUUUAUGAAAGGAGGGAAUAUGGUCCUUCUCUUCAAAGAAUUGAUAUUUACGAUAAUUUUGGUUAUGAGAAGGUGUUUUCAUCUCGUAGAAAAGCUGAGGAUUCAUCUUCUGUAGUUCCAGUUACCAAAUCAAUUAAUGGAAAGGCCACUGUUAAAUUGAAUAGUUUUAGUCCUGCCCUCACUCCUCCUUUUACAUCUGUGCAAAUUGUAAGAGGUGCUAAUGCAUCACAGAGUGUGUUCACAACCAAGCAACAAAGUUUGAAUAUGUUAUCAUCAAAAGUAUCAGAUCCUUUGAAGAUUUUAUAUUUAGUGAAUGGUGUAUUUGAUUCUGGUGAUUCAGUAUUUUAUAAUAAUACUGUUCAUUUGUACUUGAGAUUUGUUGAUGACAUGUCUCAUAUUAAACCAUGUCAGAUUCAAAUUGGUUUAUUGAAUAGUGGUGUUUUGGAUCUGAUCAGUACGGUUGGUGUAGAUGGACAAACAUAUAUUAAGAAAGAAUAUCAAUCCCAUGCUGAAACCUAUUUUGUGACUCAAAAUUCUACUUGGUUAGUUCCAAUAACAAGUUAUGAAGGUACUGGAACUACGAGUGAGAUUUCAUCUGAUGGUAUUAAUUAUAAUAUGAUUUACUUGAAUUCUAAAUUUAACACUCAACAGUUAUAUGAAUUCAUGUCAAGAACAAGUAUUGGUGGGGCUAGUAUUGAUGUGGCCAAACGAUAUUCAGAAAAGGGAAUGACACCAUCAUCUUUUCUAGAAUGGUCCUUCCUGAUUAGCUAUGUCAAUAACUUUAUCUACACUGAAAAUACUAUUCAGUGUGAUCAAUACGAAUCCGAUGUUACAGAUCUAACAACUUUGUAUUCAAAUCCAUCCAAAAAUUUAAAGGAAUGGAUAUUCAAUGUUGAUAUUCAAAUCAUUGCGGAUAUGAUAGUUGAUACUUCUGAUUUUUUCUAUGCCCAAGUACCUAGCACAUUUAGUUUUGAAUCUAAUAGCUUUAAUUUGAUAAUUUUUGGUGUAACUGGUUUGUCUGAAAUUGUGCAAGUAACAAACAUUGAAUCUCCAACAAUCUCUGCUAAUGGAGCUACAAAGAAAUACCUUAAAUUAUUUGUCACAAGAACAAAUCCAAAAAAUUUCAAAUCUGUAGAGUCACAAGGUUCAACCUUUGUCAAUUCGGUUAUCAAUUACAAGAAGGUCAACUCACCCAAUACACUUCCUCUGGAAUGGGUGUUAAACGGUUUCUGGAAUUGUCCAUCCUCUAAAUAUGGAGAUAACUUUUGCGAUUGUGAGUGUGGAUUUUCAAACUCAACCCAUACCUUUCGAGAUGUAGAUUGUGACAAUUUGCUUCCAACUUUAUUUUUUGGUAAUAACUUUGUUAAUAAUUUUAUGAAAACAUCCUGUGCUUCAAGUGGUAAAUUCUGUUCUUCAUCUGGUUCAUGUAUCAGUGCUCCUUAUUUGAAAGCUAGCAAACCAUGUUAUUACAAAGCUUCAUAUCUUGGAGAAAAGCAAAUCGUAGGAUUUUUUGGAGCUCAGUCUGAUUUCAAAGAGAGUCUUUGUUCUCAAUGUCUUGGUGAUACCUUCUACAAUCAAGUGCCUAGUCUUUCCUUUAAUAACAACAAGUACAUGUGUCAAUUGACUCCAAAGGGCUAUCUAUUUGGAAGAGAUAUUUUCUCUGAUCUAAUGUCUGGAAAAGAUUAUCUGCAACCAUACACAAGUGGACCAGACUUUUUAGCAACUAAAUGCUUAAAUAUUCCUGUAAGAGUCUAUGUUGGUCGCCCAGUUUUCCCAACCAUUCAAACAGGUAAAUAUUAUGAGCUAAAUAUUGGAGAUGAAUCAAAUGAUCAAUACGUUCAAUCCAUGUACUUUGUUAAUUUAAAUGCCACAAAAAGAACAAUCAAAACUCUCAAUUCUGAUAAGGACCUAGUUGGUGAAUCCAAGUUUGAUAUUCAAAUUCUAUGUCUCGCAGCAGAGGAUAAUUUUGAAGAAAUCCAACCAAUGACUGGGUUUGGUGUAGUUGCUUCAUCUGUUUCUUCUUAUUCCAAUUACAUUUUUGUAGAACCAAAGAGUAUCACUAGCUCAGAUCCGAAUAUUGAUUUAAGUUUCAUUGGUAGAUUCCCAACCAGUGGAACUUUCAAAGUCCAAUUCUAUGCGGGUAGUUCGUAUUCUGAUGGAUUGUAUGAUUCAUACACGCAACAACCAAUAAUGCUAGAUGUAGAAGGGGUUACCGAUUUAAACGGUUUACAAAUACUUCAAUUAAGAUCACCACCUUCAUUCUCCAUUGGCCUUGCAUUUGAAUUGAAAUCUUUCAAUAAUUUACAAAGAACAAAUGUCACCAUUCAACAAUUUGCUAUUGGUACUGAUUUAUCAGGAACUAAUAUUAUUGAAAUGGUUGCAAAAUAUAAGGCAGAUCCAGUUACUUAUGCUCAAAGAAGACCAAGAAUGCUGAUUAGACCUUCUGUGAGUGAUUACAGUUAUACGCAAUACGUGCAAAUAGAUAAUGUUAUAAUCACUAAUACCUUGCCUCUAACUUAUGAGAUUCUUUUUGCUCAACCAGUCACAUCUGAUUUUGAUGAGGGUGCCUUUGUGGAGUGCAUAAACGACAUGUCAGUUGGAACAGUGUUGAUACCACUUACAUUAUCAAGUUCCUAUGCAAGACAAGCUUAUGCUCCAGCUCAAUCAUUUGAAAAUGUUGGUAUUCCUACACCUGAUUCAUUCAACAUCGAAUACUCCAUGUUUGUUGUUCCUGACAAAAAGCAUUUCCCAAACUCUGAUAUGGAUGAUACAUUUGAACAAGUACAAAAUAGUCUCUCUGAUACAGUUCUCAACUUGUGUCCUCGUGCUUAUUCAUACGAAAAGACCAGUAUUCUCCAAAGCUCAGAUGUUUGGACAAAUUUUACUCUCAACCCCACCAGAGGUUAUCAAAUUAAAAACUGUACACUUCAGGUGUGGACAAGUAGUAUGGUGAAUAAGCAUUGUGUAGAUGCUAGCAAGUCUACUAAGAACAAGUAUAAUGAUAAUUGUAUCAAAGAAAUGCCACCUUCUCAAUCUUUGAUUUAUAACCAUGUGAUUCAAUUGAACAACAAAUGGCAAAACUAUUCUGUAACAUCAGCAUCAGACGCCUCUACAGGUGGUGCAACUCGUCCUGAAUAUGAAUAUAAUUUCAAACAUAUUUACCAUUUCCAACAUGAUAAUUAUGCUGAUGAAACAGAUUCCAAGUUUGCCAGUGAAUCCCCAACUAGUGGUGAUAAAACUGAAGAUGGAACCAAUUAUUUCUUCAAUGGUAAACUGAAUUAUAUUGGAAAAUCCUUCAAUCAAUAUGUACCGGCCAAUAAUCCAAUUCUAGAUAUGGAAGCAACCAUUGAUUUAUCAGAUUUCUUUGCUAAAGAUGUUCUAGCAAAUUCCAAUGAAUUAACAGCCAAUUAUGUGUUUAACUUCCUAGCAGAAAGUGGAACUUGGAGAGGGAUUAAAACAAAAACUGAGAAAGAUGUUAAUGCAUUUGGAAGAUCCAUUUUCAAUGCAGUUAAUAUUAGAUGGGAUUUUUCAUCGAUGGAAAAGGGAUCGCUCAACAACAAGUUAACACUCACUCCAGGUAGUCAAUACAAUCUAUUUGCUACCCUCAAAGUAACAACAGUAUAUUCUAGUGGAGUAUUUGGAAAUGCAGAUAUAACCAAUGUUCAAGUAUUUGUUCAGUCAACCUCUGUAACUCAUUCAGUUUUAGAUUAUUUGAAUAGAAACAAAUGCAUUUUGAAUUAUGUUAUUCAAAUUGAUAUGGCACAAAGUUAUCAGGUGAAAUUGUCUUCCGACUAUACAUUUCUGAGCUUCUUCAGUGAUGUUGGUGCUGCAUUAGGAGUAAUGUCAUUAGGAGUCAUUGUUGUUGAAUUGUGGCAAUCAUACAUUUCACAACCUGAAAUGUUUUUACAUGAAGCAAUUAAAGAAGAAAAGAAACUUCGUAAAAAGAAAGCUAAAGGAUCUGUUGCUCCUGAUAUCAUGGUUGGUGAAAAUCUAAAUGCCUCCAAUUUCGUAAAUAAUCUAGCCUCACUCAACUAGAAUAAAUCUUAAUUUUUCCUCACA